AGACAAUSURUUUAUUUAUAUGUUUGUAAACAUUGAAUGAAUGAAUGAGCGGUCAAUUGUUGAGACUAUAAGGACAAGUGAUUUACCGAUUAAUUGAUCCGUMAAGUGAUGCCAAAUCAGUCUACAAAUGGACCGUCGGGUCGACCRAAGCCAGAAUGUGAUCCAAUAAAAGACGAAAAGAUGGGUCUUAUGCGGGAAGUGGGCGGACAAGCAGUUUGGUCACUGUCUUCAUGCAAACCAGGCUUUGGUGUCGACCAAUUGCGGGACAACUGUUURGAGACCUAUUGGCAGUCAGAUGGACCACAACCUCAUUUAGUAAACAUACAGUUCCGCCGUAAGACAACCAUUCAAGAUGUAUGUAUUUAUGCCGACUAUAAGCUGGACGAGUCAUACACACCUAACCGCAUAUCUGUGAGGGCUGGCAAUCACUUUCACGAUCUCCAAGAGGUUGAGCUCAUGGAUCUGAGUGAACCCAAUGGUUGGGUUGUUAUACCAUURAAAGACUCGAAUGACUCUCCAAUUCGGGCUUUUCUCAUACAGAUUGCUGUAUUGUCUAACCAUCAAAACGGUAGGGACACACAUAUCAGACAAAUCAAAGUGCAUUCACCCGUUCAGAACUCAAUAGUCUCAGUAUUGGACUUUCCCAUCAAUUUCACGACUGUCCAAAUGGCACAGCACUCGACUAUUAGAUAG